AUGGGGAAGGUUACUUACUGCUUACAGGAAACAAGGGACAAUGUCCUCGAAUCUUCUGUGACUACACAGGAAAUCUGGUCCUGGGAGCAGUACUUGAGAGAAGGGAAUGCUGUGGCCGCACCAGUAGAACUGUUUUCCAAGGAUCAAUCCUUUCCGGAGCAUGAAAAUGGCUUUCAGGUUGGAAUGAGAUUGGAAGGCAUUGAUGCCCGACGUCCGUCUGUGUUCUGUGUGCUGUCUAUAGCUGAGGUGUGUGGUUACAGGCUGAGACUGCAUUUUGAUGGUUAUCUAAGCUGCUAUGAUUUUUGGACUAAUGCUGGUUCCCCGGACAUUCACCCAGUGGGAUGGUGUCAAAAGACCAAGCACGAACUUCAUAUCCCUCGGGAUUAUAGAAAAGAUAAAUUUGUUUGGAUGGAUUACUUGAAGGCCUGUAGAUUGCAAAAUGCUCCUAAGAAAUUAUUCAGAAACAGAAGUUCUAAUGGUCCAGUGCCAAAGGAGUUUCAGGUUGGGAUGAAGCUGGAGGCUGUGGACAGGAGGAACCCUUGCUUGAUGUGCGUGGCAACCGUUGCAGACAUUGUGGAAGACCGAGUACGGGUGCAUUUUGACAGCUGGGAUGAUAUCUUUGAUUACUGGUGUGAUGUUAACAGUCCUUGUAUCCAGCCAGUUGGCUGGUGUCAGGAGAACGGAAGAACUCUGGUCACACCCCAAGGUUUUCCUCAUCCAGAUAAGUUUUCCUGGACAGACUACCUGCAAGCUACUCAGUCAAAGGCAGUCCCCGCCAAGGCCUUUAACACGAGGGCUCCACAUGGUUUUUUGCCAAACAUGAAGUUGGAAGCUGUGGACAAACGUAACCCGCGGUUAAUUCGUGUGGCUACCAUUGCAGAUGUUGAUGACUACAGAGUAAAGAUUCAUUUCGAUGGCUGGGACCAUAAGUAUGACUAUUGGAUAGAUGCCGACAGCCAGGACAUCCACCCCAUCGGGUGGUGUGAUGUGACAGGGCAUCCACUGGAAGUGCCAUAUGGGUCAAAGCAUGUGAAAAUCCUUCCAGGUCAACCUGCAUGUCCUACUCCUGGGUGCCGAGGGAUAGGCCAUAUCCGUGGUCCACGUUAUGCAGGACACCACAGUGCUUUUGGAUGCCCAUACUCAGACGUGAACUUGAAAAGAGAGGCAGCACUUCAGGAUCGCCUGAGAGAACAAACACAGGCAAAUUUGGAACUCGAUCCUUCACAUUCCAAAUCAGAAAACCCCUGUAAUUUGAAUUUCAACGGAAAAUGUGAGAAAGCGAACAGUCAGAUUAAGGUAGUACAACAGCUUAAAUGCCUGCUGGUUGACGGAAAGGAGGAUGUCCUCUGUGAUAAUUUGUAUAUGCAGUACUCAUCUGCACAGGUGCAGCAGAUGCUUCACCAGUCGCUCUCCGUGACAUCCAUGUCUGCCCACCCUUUCCGAGACAUGCCCCUCGGCAGGGAGCAGCACUGCAAGCUGCUUCCGGGUGUGGCUGACAUCCAAGCCAGCGAAGUGGCCAGAUGGACAGUGGAUGAGGUGGCUGAGUUUGUACAGUCUCUUCUGGGCUGUGAAGAACAUGCCAAGUGCUUCAAGAAGGAGCAGAUAGAUGGCAAAGCCUUCCUGCUUCUGACCCAGGCAGAUAUUGUCAAGGUGAUGAGAAUCAAGCUGGGCCCAGCGCUGAAGAUUUACAAUUCUAUCUUGAUGUUCAGGAACUCCCAAGAUGUCACUGAAGAUGAUGUUGCCUCUGGCCAAGAAGCCAGAAGAUAA